UCUACAGCAGGAAAAGGUAGCACGAAACUUGACAGUGGCGGAAAGGGUUGCAUCAAUCGAUACCGUUGCAGAACUGGUGGUGCAGUUUGCAUCCAGCAGCAGCUUGGAGGAAUUCCGUGUUCAGGGCUGCUUUUGCAAUUACACCAGUAUCGUCAAAUCACCGAAAUUGUCUACACCAAUACAUGCGAGCAGGGACUCUCCUGUGUUGACACAAAUUGUAACCUAGGCUCUAGCAGCAGCGAACGAAACUGCAAGAGGGCCUUUCUUGCGCUUUGCGUUGGCCGUGGAAUGAUGUCGUCCAAAAACAUACCUGCUGAUAAGAUAAACCUGCGACUGAUACUCGUCAGCGGAAAAACGAAAGAAUUCCUCUUCAGCCCAUCCGAUUCAGCAGGAGAUAUAGCACUGACAGUGUUCGAGAAUUGGCCCGAUGACUGGGAAUCUGAAGCUGUGGCGAAGGCGGAGAUCCUAAGACUUAUCUACCAGGGCAGAUUUCUGCACUGUAAUGUGACGUUAGGGGCCCUAGGGUUACCAUUAGGCAAAACAACUGUAAUGCAUUUGGUACCACGUGAUAAUCUGCCUGAGCCAAACUCGCAAGAUCAGCGACAAAAGAGUAAAGGCGGCUCCAGUAGAUGUUGUUCCACUAGUUGUUGUAUAUUGUAACCAAUUUUUACGAGUACUAAACCACUAUGAUUAACUAUUAAUAAAUGGCAAGCAACUAUCCGCUACUACUAUUAACUGUGUACAGACAGGAUGGCAAAUUGCAGCUGCUGGUGGAAGACAAAGAUGAGAAGAUAUCCGGAUGGAAAAACGUAGCACAGCUGAAGAAAUGACUUAUUGGUCGGAUUUUUUGUUACAUUUUUUGUUUUGUUAUCGGUAGAAAAAAGAAUAUUUGCUGCUAACUUUUAAUUACAUUUUCUGUUGUCAGAAAGUACUUACAAACGUGCAUACAUACACCAACGCCUAGAGCCCCCAAGAAACAAAUGCUAAGGUUGUGUUCCAUUGUUCCGAGUUUCAAUGUGUAUGGUUUGUGUUAGUGCAAACUCCUCUAUUCUGACACCUGUCAUAUCUCAACUUUGCGCUAAGCAGGGAGCAGGUAUGACAGUUCAGUUAUUAAGCAAACAGGUUGAAAACAGAAACGGUACAUAUUUUUAGCGGAAAUUCUAUAAAUAUACAAGCAAACGCAUAGUAAUUAUUAAAAAUUAAGGAGAAAACUUAUGAAAAAUAAAAUGUGAAUGCUUGGAGGAAAUAUAGAUUAGGCGGAUAGAUAUAUAGAAAUUUGUUGAUCGUAUAAAUUCGUUCUAUUUUUCUUAUAGACGGCUUAGUUCGAAUCGUUUUCCUCCGAGCGCUAAAUAUAGUUUUCCUACGUUCGAUUUUCAGUGCGCAGUGUUUAUCAGAAUCGAAAAGAAAAGUGAAAGGUAAAAUAGUGCAAGAAAAAUAUAACAAAAGAGAUUAUUUAGCAAAGAGAGAAAAAAACACUGAUAAAGAAUCUAUUGUUACAAAAGUUCAGUUACGUUAGUUUAGUGACAAAAUUGUAUAAAAUAUGAAUAAAACAACAAUAAACUAUACGAAAACAAGCAAGCGCAAAAGUCACACACCAACACAUCGAAAUCAUGAAUGAAAAAAAUGGAGAAAUAUAUCCAGAAGUUUCGCUCAUCUAAUUUGUCGAAUGCAUCAACCUGUAUCAUAGCAAAGCAGAAAAAUCACUAACAACCAUUCAGACUGUCAAAGAACAAAUCCUAUGUAAAAAUCACCAUCGCAAAUCAUAGUCGGGUUACCCUGUAAUCAGACUUCCUCGUAACUGAGAAAAAUAAUAGAAAGAAAACACUUAGGUAAAUAUCAAUCAAUCGUCCCCUCGCUGUUCGUUCGUUCGUUUCGGCAGGAGAAAAAUCGAUAUCUUUUUGUUUCAAAUUCAUUCGCUUUUUGUUUGAGAGGCCAAUUUUGUAGGCCCCGGAUUAUUAGUACGAAAGCGAUAUUGUACAGAAAUUUGAAGCCCGUAUGAUCAUAUAAUAUGUUCAAAUACGAAAGUUAAUCGCUGACACAGUGGAGACGUGCGGUUUAUAUUAAAAUAUUUGGAUGACGUUUUAAUUCUGUCGACGGUGACUGAUGAUGAAACGAGAAAGGAAAACAUAAAUGAUACAGGUGUCUAAUUUUGUACGCUCUUUUAUAACACAUGUGAAUGGAAUAAGCGUAAAGUUUUUUAAUCGAUUGUGUAUGUGUUCUGAAAUAAGAAAACGUGAAUGUUCCCCAGUUUCCCUUUGCCAUCUUAGAAAAUUGUUACCUGCCGUCACCCAAUGUCAGACUAUCCCGAUUAGGAUCCGUGUCAUCGAUGGAUGUAGAGAAAGCCAAAAAAGCUAUACACGCAAGAAACAUACUGAAUCUUUUGUAGGAACAUCCAAUUGCUUCGUUUUUUUAAAGUACAUAUCAGAGAAGAAAAAUGCUUAAUUUCCCAUGUAAACUGGUUGGAUAUUAGGUCGAUCUCGAUUGCACUCCUACUACCCAAUUUUAGUAACUUUAAUCUGUAAAUGUUUGUAAAUGUCUGUUGAACAUUGGUUACUGAUACAAUCUUGAAUUAUAUUCUUCAAUUUGAUAAGAAAGUUAUCACUGUGUUGAUUUUAAUUCAAUAUUUUGUUUUGUAAUUAUUUAUCUUUGCCAUGACUAAAACAUUUACAGAGUUUGAUAAAUUAGAAAUAAACACUAAAUUCGGUUGUUCCUGACACUGAUUCAACAUAUUGCAUGCGUAAGGAUAUCUCCAUGAGCUGAGAAAUGUGUAAAUUCUUAACCGAAAAAGCAAAUAGUUGUUCCAAACCCAGUUUCCCAUGUUAAACGUUUACACCUACUCUAAUACAUCAAUUAUUAUGCCAUCAUCAUUAUUCUCACUAUACUCUAUUGCUGUUGAAACUAUUGAAAGUGAUUAUACCAGAGCUAUUAUAUACACUUGAAAUCGAAGAUAGCUUCACUCUAAUCGUCAUCUAUAGACAACAACAGACUAUUCGGAUUCCCUUACUUUUGAUCGUUCUUAUAUUCUUGAGCAUUUGCAUACCUCUAAUGUGCAUAUACGCACGUGCAACCAAAUGGAUAAAACCUAUCUGUAAACGGUAGUUUGAUUAGCAGCACGAUUAACCAUCUUUUUUUUACUAUGUGAAUGUGUCGCCUCAUCAUCAAAAGAACACAGCAUGUAGCGGUUUUACAAAAAACAAAAAUCUAUAUUCGAAGGACAUUGCUGCAGGCAUACAAAUAUAAUUUGUCUAGAGUCCUUACACAAUUAGGGUAUAAUUAUAAUGCAAUAAUAGAAAAAAGUCACCAAGUACCCAGACAAAGAAUCCUGCAUUCAUCAUAUCAUCACCGUUAAAAAGACAUUUCCUUUGAUAGAUUUUACGAAAACACGUGUUUGCUUUAAAUAUAAAUUACUAGACAAGUUUGCCAUCCAACCAUUGACUGGUUUUCACAAGAAAAUAUACUUCUUUAUAGGAAACCUUAAUGACUCGUAGGAUGUAAUUACGAAAAAAAACAUCUGCGUCGGCCGGGAAUCGAACCCGGAUCAACUGCUUGGAAGGCAACUAUGCUGACCAUUACACCACCGACGCUUGCUUGAGUGGUCUGAAAGUGAUUUGGGUCCUCGCACUAUGGGCUAAUUAUGUUAUGUUGCCUUGUCUAACUUCAAUUUAAAAUUUUAAGCAAAAGUUCACCAAGUUUGCUGCGUAACCUGCAAAACAAAUUAAAUUUGUGUGCAUUCAGAUUGUUCUCAUUUAAAACUUUGUGUAAUCUGUAAUACCGUAAGAGCGCAUAAUUCUGCGCUUUGUUCCUAAUUCUGCGCACCGCAUAUUUUGAUUAAAAAGUGAAACGUUCUCAAACUAAUAACUUUAUGCAUACAUAUUUUGCUAAAUGUGUUAAUCAAGUUUACAAUUUGGAACGUUUGAGUGAAAUGUAAGGUGCGCAGAAUUAGGCGCGCUUACGGCAUAUGUUGCCCGGAAGUUAACCCACGUCAUUAUUAACUCGUUGACUGCCACCGUACUUUCUAGGUAAUAACUUUAAUUUAUAGUUGGAACUCAAACUAUGUCAAUACUAACGGCACUUUAUACAAACAUGUGUUAUUUAAAAAAAAUCCUUUGAUUUCCAGUUAUCGCAAACAAUAGGUUAACUAAAAUUCACAACAAAUGUUGAUUCCCUAACCGUGAAUGGCUUGGAUGACGCUCUAAAUGGGCACUAAUAACGGAUUUUUUAACGCUAAAUGCAAUCGACAUUGAAAAUCAAAACGAUAUAUUUUUAUACAUUACGUAUGAAUGGGAGAGCUCAGUAGACGUACAGAAAUUGAAACAAACAACCGCUUGAGAAACAAAAAACAGAGAUAAACUUGGCACGCUAGCAAACCUUGUAAAUAUUGUAAUUAUCCAACAGAUACAAUAGUGUACCAAAUGUGUCUAACUCAACCGACACACAGACCGGAACAGUAGGUACCAGCUGCCGUGCUGUUUAGAUCGACCUUUUGAUUCAAUUACUCCUUCCUGAGUCAUAGAUAUCCUUGCUCUCCGUGACCCGUGUAGAUUGGUUGGGACAGUAUAAUCAAUAUAUAUAUAGAAUGCCAGUGUCGCUGCAGUGCGCGUGGUAAACAUCACACAUGUUCAGAUAAUGUAUUUACGUUAUAUAUGCAUAUGUGUGUGUGCCUGAGAUUCAUCAAGGAGGAAUCUCAUUGUCAAACUUUGACAACCAGUUUAAAAUUUCAAAUAUGGCUGCCAAGUAAUAUGAUUGAAAACUUCGCUUGCUUCAAAUUUUUGAAAAAAAUCGGUGCAAAAGGACCCAGUUGUAGGAUUCAAUUCAAGAAAAAGAACGUUUGAAAACAUUUCACUGGCAUGAAAACACAGCAAUGAGCGCACUGAUGACAGCACCAACCAGCGCACAGAUGAAGAACAGAUAAAUAACAAUGAGCAACUUUGACAAUGAAGUUCCCGAUUCACAGACUUGAUACAGAUUGUUAGCAUCAUGUUUACCACAAUGAGGCCUGUAGAAAAACAGCGACACUGGCAUUCUAUAUAUAUUGAUUCUACUGUUGGGACUGGUUGCCCUCCAACAACCACACUUAUGGUGCUCUUACGGAGGAAAAGCAUUCUGUUUCCUGUACUUUAUCUUUCUAGUUUUAGUUUUAUUCUCAUUCCAAGAAAAUAGGAAUGACCAAAGCAAGUGGAGUGAUUUACUUCGGUAAUCUCUCACUUCGAUUAAGAGAUGAUAAAUGAUUCAUGGGAUUCCUAAAUAUGCAAUUGAAGCAACUCACGACUCAGCAUUAACCAACACAGAGCAAAUAAAAUGAAACAGCGAUAGCAGUAGAUGCAGAAGGCGAAUGAAAAGAAAAGAAGACGAACAGAAAUCGAAAAAUGCGUCAGAAACUAGGUAUUCGAUAACUAUAUUAUAUAGCUAUUACGUAUUUUAAAGAGAAUAAUAAACAGAUGGGAAGAUACAAAAGAACCUGCGUAUAUUGUAAGAAAUUAAACCUAAAGAAAAAAGCAUAGUGACAAAUUAAUUUAAAUAAACUGAUAUGAAAA